UCCUCCUCCUCCUCCUCCUCCCCCCUCGGCUGCUCCAGUCUGGCAGCCAGGCUGCCUCCGGCCGGAGCCGCCGCACUUGGGAAGCGACUCCUCCCGGCUCCCGGGAUGGGGACGCCGCUGGCGGCUCCCGGAUUGCUGCUGCUGCUGGCCGGCUCCGCGGGGCUCUGCCGGGCUCUGUUCUCCCUCCCGCUCCGCGUGUCCCACCCCGCCGCCCCCGCCGGCUCCCCGCCCGCCCCGGUGGUGCUGCGGCCGGCCAGCGGCAGCCGGCAGCAGGAUGCGCCGGGGGCUGCGGACGGCUUGGCCUUGGCCUCGGACCCCGGCGGCACCCUCAACUUUUUGGCCAUGGUGGAGAACCUCCAGGGAGACUCAGGCCGCGGGUACUACCUGGAGAUGCUGAUCGGGACCCCGCCGCAGGCGUUAAAUAUUCUGGUUGACACUGGGAGCAGCAAUUUUGCAGUAGCAGGUGUGCCUGAUCCUGAUGUCACAUCCUACUUCGAUCCUGAGCUGUCAAGCACAUACAGAUCUCAAGGGGUGGAGGUGACAGUGAAGUACAGCCAAGGCAGCUGGACUGGAGUGCUGGGCACAGAUGUCAUCACCAUGCCCAAAGGACUCUAUGGCAGCUACACCAUCAACAUUGCCACCAUCCUGGAGUCAGAGAACUUCUUCCUGCCAGGGGUUAAGUGGCACGGGAUCCUGGGCCUUGCCUACGAUGCCUUAGCCAAGCCUUCCAGUUCUGUGGAGACAUUCUUUGAUUCCCUCGUGAGGCAGGCAAAGAUCCCCAACAUUUUCUCCCUGCAGAUGUGUGGUGCUGGACUCCCUGUUUCUGGAAGUGGUACCAACGGAGGUAGUCUUGUGCUGGGUGGAAUUGAGCCCAGCCUGUACACGGGGGACAUCUGGUACACACCCAUCAAGGAGGAGUGGUACUACCAGGUGGAAAUCCUCAAGCUGGAGGUGGGGGGACAGAACCUCCAGCUGGACUGCAGAGAGUACAAUGCUGAUAAAGCCAUAGUAGACAGUGGAACCACUCUGCUUCGACUGCCAGAGAAAGUCUUCAGUGCUGUGGUGCAGGCAAUAGCUCGCACAUCCCUGAUACAAGAAUUCUCCUCAGAAUUCUGGACUGGCACACAGCUUGCAUGCUGGGAUAGAAGUGAAAAACCCUGGUCCUUAUUUCCCAAACUCUCCAUUUACCUGAGGGAUGAAAACUCCAGUAGGUCGUUUCGGAUCUCUAUCCUACCACAGCUUUACAUUCAACCCAUCCUUGUGAUAGGGGAUAAUUUGCAGUGCUACAGAUUCGGCAUCUCCUCCUCCACAAAUGCUCUGGUCAUUGGUGCUACAGUCAUGGAAGGAUUUUAUGUCAUCUUUGACAGAGCCCAGAGGAGAGUGGGCUUUGCAGUGAGUCCCUGUGCAGAAGUUGACGGCGCGCCCGUCUCCGAGAUCGAGGGCCCUUUCACCACAGCAGACGUGGCCAGCAACUGCGUCUCCAGCGUCUCCUUCCACGAGCCCGUGCUCUGGAUCGCCUCCUACGCCCUGAUGAGCCUGUGUGGGGCCAUCCUGCUGGUGCUGAUCGUGCUGCUGCUCAUCCCACCCCGCUGCCAGCACCGCUACACCGACAACGACGUGGUCAACGACGAGUCCUCCCUCGUGCGCCACCGCUGGAAGUGAGGGGCUGGAUCCCAAAAACAGACUCAAAAACGGGACCAAGGACAAAGAGCUCUGCCAAGGGGGAGAAGCCAAUGCCUCCUCAGUCCCUCCUACGUUCCUAGAAAACGCUGUUGAGAUUCCCACCAAAUCCCCUGCAUCGUGACUUUUAUAGCUUUAUUUUCUAACACCGGUUCUGAACCAAAGCACUGUUAACCACCUCUGAAGUGCUACGGUACUGGAUUUGCUACUGCAGUACAAGGAGCCUUUAUGCUCUCUACAGUACCUUCUUUAAAAAAAAAAAAAGGAAAAAAGUUAAAAAAAAAAAGAUAAAAAGCCACACCAUGAUGUUCUUCCACUGUCUGAACAAAAUUGUCCAUCUCUCUUACACAAAAAAAAAGGAGCUGUCAGUAUUUUCUAACUAAUCGAGCCCUGACUGUAGAAAAAGAGAAAAAAAUAAUAAUCUUUCUAAUUAAUUGCAUUAAAUGAAUACUGCUUUCUGUUUACAUCAGUUCAUUUUGAAACUGUGCUUAUGGUUUGGGGGAGGGAGAAAGGUCUGACUUAAGCAGCAGAGAAAAAGCAAGGGAGAUCAAGAAGAAAUAUUGUCUGUGGUUUCUUUCCCUCAAGAUCACUGCUGCCACUUGAGAGGGUCGCCCUCCCUGAGAGCUGUAACAAAAUAUAGUCCAAGGUGGUGAAAACUGGGAAACAAACUUGUUCAGCCUUAGAGUAAAACAAGACUACCUCUCUUAAUUUACAAGGAUGCUACCACUGGUGAGUGUGUGGAUUAGAACUGGUCUUGAAGCACAAAAGAUGCUCCAUACAACCAAAUGGAACUACUUGGCUUUGAAUUUUUGGGAUUUUAUAAAAAUCAAUACUUCAUGACUUUCCACUUUGGUGCACCAAAAAAAAAAAAAAAAAGAAA